GAGUAAGCAGCUUAGAUCUUCUACUUCAUACCUCGUCAUUGAAAAUGACGUGGCGCAUUUUCAUUCGAUUUCCAUAAAGUAUAAAUUUCAAAACACGGGUCAUUCAUGUCAUUCAGUUGAAUUCUACUCCUCUCAUUCUCUCUUGGACUUCGAAUUUUCGAUCUGGUGUUCUAUUUUGGAUUUUUUGUUUCAAUUUAAGCUUGUGGAAUUUCGUUGGGAGAAAAAAAUUAGGGUUUGGACUAUAGAAAUUUGGUUAUGGAUGGUAAUAAAGAUGAGGCUUUAAGAUGUGUUCGCAUUGCUGAAGAAGCAAUUGCUUCUGGUAACAAACAGCGUGCGCUCAAAUUCAUUAAAAUCGCUCAACGCCUGAAUCAUACUUUAUCUGUUGAUGAACUCUUGGAUGCUUGUAAAAAUCUUGAUUCUGGGACGACCCCGGUUUCACCUGUUGGUGAAAAGCGUGUUUUAAGUGAUGAGAAUAAAGGCGGUUCAACUAAAUUGGAUGAGGGUUUUGAUGGUGACAGAAGUUAUACAGAGGAACAUGUUCAGCUGAUUAGGCAGAUUAAGAGAAACAAGGAUUAUUAUUCAAUUCUUGGUGUGGAAAAGACUUGUUCGGUUGAUGAUAUUAGGAAAGCAUAUAAGAAGUUGUCUUUGAAAGUUCAUCCGGAUAAGAAUAAGGCUCCGGGUUCCGAGGAAGCAUUUAAGACUGUGUGCAAGGCGUUUAAAUGUUUAAGCGAUGAUAAUUCGAGGAGGCAGUAUGAUCAAGUUGGUUUGGUUGAUCAAUUUGAGUACAAUCAGCGGCAUAAUGUGAGACAGAGACGGAGAAGAUAUGAGCAUGAUUUGUUUGAUGAUGAUUUCGAUCCUGAUGAGAUAUUUAGGUCGUUUUUUGGUCAAGGGGAUAUGUUUAGGGCAUCUCAAGUUUACAGGACUAGAGGAAUGGGUGGUCAUCAGAGGGAGGAGCAUCAUAGAGGAGGAGGAUCUAGUUUCUUGAUUCUUCUCCAAAUGUUGCCAAUUUUGUUGAUUUUCUUGCUUGCUUUUCUGCCCACUUCCGAGCCUGAGUACUCAUUAUUUAGGAAUUACUCCUAUCAGAUUCCUAAGACAACUGAGAAAUUUGGGGUGGAAUUUUUUGUCAAAUCAUCAACAUUUGAUGUGAACUUUCCCCAGGGAAGUGCUGCUAGAGCUAAUGUCGAGGAUACUGUGAUUAAGGAUUACAAACAUAUGCUAUGGCGCUAUUGUCAUGUGGAACGCCAUAAACGCCGUUGGAAUAAGAAUUUGCCAACUCCACACUGUAACAAACUACAAAAUCUUGGACUCGCAUGAAGAUUUUUCUGGUCGAAUAGGGUAUGAUUAGAUUCUGCCAAAGCAUCAACAAGAUGGUAUAUUGAUCAGCAAGGAACCCACACGAUAUUGUCAAGUCCAAGGGCGUUCUUUUGCCGUAGUUAUCAUCUGCUAAGAUGGUUCUGGACUGAUUUGCAAUGUAUUCCGAGGUGCUAAUGAGACUUCGGUGGACACCUCUAAGCGAUAAUGCUUCUCUUUUGGUAAUGCGAUGAAAAUACUACAGUCUGCUGUUGGUACCUAGUAUGAUUAUCGUGUCAAUAGAAAGAUAGUUAGCAUAAUAACAGAAUUCAAACAAGUAACCGUCUUCAAGUUUGGUUCUUUUUGUUGUUUCAUUCUGAUUGAUUUCUGGGGAUGUCAUUGUCAGUUUGUCUACACUUCUUUUUUGAGAUCCAUAUCUUGGAUUAAUCCAUAUAAUCACAUUAGCAUUAUUCAUAA